AAAGCAGGAACACCAGGAGUAGCCGGAACAACAACAGGUGCAGUCAUGCAGGAAGUGUUGAACAAUGAUGAUGUUGAGACCAGUUUUCUAACAAGCUUAAUGCAUAUGGAAUGCAGAGGCAACAUGCCUCUGGCCCUGCCCAAAAAGACAACUUCCCAGCAAUCCUCGGUCCCUGCUUCUACGUCUGACAAAUCCGUGAAUCGCUAUUCUACAAAAGAGGCGCCAUCGAACCAAAUCGUUGUGGACCAAUUACAUUCACAGGAAACACCAGCAUCAGUUGCAUUAGCAGCGACAGCUCAAUCUGAUCUGUAUGGAAUUGUGACGAAUGUAGAGUUGAUCACAAGCAAGACACCGAUUAAGUUGCCAACAGUCAAGGGUAUAACUACCUGUCAAACUGAAGACAUUUCCACACAGCUUUUGGAUUUGCAAAGUUGCAGUGCAAAAGUCCUAUGCAACAAUCGCGAAAAGCAGGCAGCGAAGAUUGUGCUGAAUAAACCGUCUUGUCCAGCUAUAAAUGGAGAAGAAUUCACCCGGGAGUUGGCUCGAAUGAGCCAUAAUGAGAUACUUGAUUUAAGAAAACGCAAUUCAAUGGGGCUGCCAUGUGAUAAGGAACGGCAGACAAUGAUUUCCAUGGAGGAGCAAUCUACCAUUGAGCAAAGCAUACAAUCGGAGUUAUUACGUCGCGAGGCUGUUGACAACACCGAGAGAUUAGCCAAUAUCCGACCACUUAGUAGUGUAAAUGAUAAGUCAAAUGAAAAUAUGUCUACUAUUCAAUCCAUGCCACCUCCAGCGCCACCACCGAACGUCAAACAAAAUAUUUCAAAACGGAAGCAACAUGUGCAGGAGCAGAGCUCUCGAUCCCGGAAAAGACGCCGCGAGGCGCCCAUGACGGAAGAGCUGAAGAGUUAUUUAAAGCUUUCGGAGACCAUUGCGAUGCGUCUCAGGGAACGCUCUACCAACAUGAGCAAGCGUAGCUUAUAUACCAAAGGCGACUCCGAUGUCGAGGACAAUCUGUCGCAAUCGCCAUUAAAUAAAAAGAGUCGCUGUUACAAUGAGAUAGAAAUAGCACCUUCACCGCCUAAAAACUCAGUCAGCAACGAUAAUGUUGUCAUUGUGUCUCCACCAUCCGCCUCUUUAAGGUUUUCACAAGCCACAUGCAAUUCAAGGCGCUCGAAGCGCAAUAUGUCCAUUGAAAAGCCGACGGUUGCACAAAAGGAUGUGGAGCAGGCUAAUCAGGUGAAUGUAGAGCAGGAGAGAGAUGUGGAGCAGGCAGCACAGGAGACAAUGGAGCAGGAGCAUGCGGAAAAGGCAAGAGUGGAGGUGCAGGCGCCCGCGCUGACGGACAUUACAGAAAUGCGUCUCAGGAACAAUGGGAUAGAAAUAGCACCAGCACCGCCCAAAAACUCAGUCAGCAACGAUGAUAUAGACAUUGUAUCACCACCACCCGCCUCUAUGAGGUAUUCACAGGCCAUGUGCAAUUCAAGACGCUCGAAGCGCAUUAUGUCAUUUGAACAGGAGAAGGUGCAGGAGGAUUGGAACCAAGCGAUGGAUGCUCAGGAGGUUGGGGAGCAGGCGAGACAGGAGGAGGUGUCGCAGGCGAUUCUGGAGGAUGGGCAACAGAAGAGACACAGAGAGAUGGUGCAGGCGAUGCAGGUCAAUACAGAGCAGGCGAGUCAGGCCGAGGUAAAUCAGGCGAUUCAAGUGGAUGAAGAGCUGGAGAGACAGGAAGAGGUGGAGCCACAGGAAACCGAAUCUCAACCAGAAGAGACUGAUCGCCCUCCGCCGCCGCCUGAAGAGAGCAGUAUGCAAAUGGAAGCAUUGCGCAUGGAGACUCCAACACCUCCUUUGCCUGCGACCGAUGAGCAACCAAGCACCAGUAGGGCCGCACGCGAGGCACUUGAGUUGUCCCUGAGCAGGCAGCAAAAGAAGGGCAACAAGCCGAGGAAAUCAGGCAGGAAAAUGCAAAAGCCAAAGAUAGUUAAAGAUAAUGCAUUUAAGCAACCAUUGCCAUGUACACCGUGUGCUCCAAAAAAUAAGGCUAAUAAUAUUGAAUUGUCUAGACUGCGAAUUAAUUUGAGAAAUGAGACGCUGCCGCCGUGUGAAAAUGAUUUAACAAAUGAUCAGGAUACAACAGCAGUUCGUAGAUCGAGACGUGGACAGGUGCCACUGAGCAACACAUGGUGCCACACGAUGGAUGAUCCCUUCGGCUACAUGCGGGCGAUAUACACAGGCGAUAAAACAAUAAAUAGCAGCACGCGUAAGCGCAAGCGUGUGCAACAUGAGGAGAUGAGCUCAGAUGGCGACACCAUAACAGGAGCCAGAACCCAACCAAGUCAGGUUGAGCCUCAAAGGGCGGAGAUCAGACCUCGGUCCAAAAAUCGUGCACGGCUAAGAGAUAAGGCGGCAGUGGAGCCUCCGCCACUGACUGAAUCAGAUCCCAAUGAUCCUUUAACACAGCCUAAUGAAUCUCUUGAAGAAAAUGAAGUUGCUGCUAUGCAGUUACCUGAAGUUGAACAAGUACGCCCCGUCGAUCAGCCGCAAAUGCAGAACUAUCAACUAUUAUCCUGGCUACGUGGUGUGAGCAACUCUAAACCUGAUACAAAUGUCCAAGUUAAUGGCAAACAUGAGUCAAUAGUCACCUCAUCGGUAACGGAGUUAGAGUUCUCAAAGUUAUCUGACAUUGAAUACGCCUUCUAUUGCACGGAGGAGCUAGGUGCUCUAGGCUAUAUGCGCUUGCAGCCGUUGCAAGAACGUCGCAUGACUCAAAAUAAAGCAAAUGUUUUGCGUUUUGUGGUUCUCCAUGGACAGUUGAAAGUUGAAAGUAGCUUGCAGCAUUCGAAGCCGUUAGAAGAGGCCGAAAUAAAUGCCGGCGACAUGGUAGAAAUUAAGAAAGGUAGCCGUUUUAAUAUAACGAAUCUGUUAAAUGAGGUCAGUGUCCUGUUAGUGAUCCGCAGUUGCAGAAAUGUUAUUGAAAAAUAAUCGUAGAAAAAAUCGCAGUUUUGGAUUCUUAGCAUAUAUAUAUUUUUGUUUAUACUGUUGAAUACUGACUGAAAUUUAAUUAUUACUUAAUGUUUAGAAUAAAUUCAUAGCUGCCAAUGCUAUGAAAUAUAUUUUGUUAAGCAUUA